AUGGGCUGUGUUAAUGGAAAGUGUUGUAGUAGAUAUCCAUCAUCACCAGAUGGUGGUUCAGAUCACUGUGGAGAAUUGAGACCUUAUAAAAGCAAACACAUUCUUACACAACGGUCAUUGGAGAUAGUUCAUGUUUCAUCUCACAAGUUUACUCUGCAGUAUUCAAUCUUAACACAACUUGGUUAUUACCAGGACACAGUUGAAAGGGAAAACCAAGAUAGUUUCUGUAUCAAAACACAAAUUCAAUGUAACCCAAAUGUUCAUGUCUUUGGUGUAUUUGAUGGACAUGGUCAAUACGGUGCUCAAUGUUCAAACUUUUUCAAUGAUAGACUUGUAGAAAUAUUAUCCAGUGACUCCACUUUGUUGGAUGAUCCUUUAAAAGCUUAUACUUCAGCAUUUCUAGCUAUAAAUUCUGAGUUACAUGAUAGUGAGAUUGAUGACACUAUGAGUGGUACCACAGCAAUAACUGUCCUUGUUGUUGGGGAUACUCUUUAUGUUGCUAAUGAUGGUGAUUCAAGAGCUGUGAUUGCUGUUAAGAAUGGGGAUCAAAUAUUGGCUGAGGAUUUAUCUGUGGAUCAAACGUCAUUUAGGAAAGAUGAAUAUGAAAGGGUGAAGCUUUGUGGGGCCAAGGUUUUGAGUAUUGACCAAGUUGAAGGCUUUAAAGACCCAAAUAUUCAAAAUUGGGGUGAAGAGGAAAAUGAAGGUAGUGAUCCUCCAAGGUUGUGGAUUCCAAAUGGAAUGUAUCCCGGGACUGCAUUUACAAGAAGUGUAGGAGAUAGUACAGCAGAAAAGAUAGGUGUGAUUGCUGAUCCUGAGAUUUCUGUAGUUAAACUUACACCAAAUCAUCUAUUUUUUGUUGUUGCAAGUGAUGGAGUUUUUGAGUUUCUACCUAGCCGAACUGUUGUCAACAUGGUCGCGGCAUACACAGAUCCCAAGGAUGCGUGUGCUGCAAUUGCUGGAGAAUCCUACACACUUUGGUUGGAGAAUGAAGAUCGGACUGAUGAUAUUAUAAUCAUCAUUAUACAGAUUAAGGCUCUUGGAUUCCUGUAGUCGGGUGGUGGUGCCACAGAUAGCAGAGUAGAUUGUAGGCCAAUGGUUAUGAGGUCAUUCAAGAGAAGUCUUGAUGCAUUCAGUUUGUCCGAGUCAGAAACCUAUUUUUCUGUAAGAAGUGAUUUCUCGGAUAUAUAUAUCAUUCCUGCCAACAUAGUUUUUCUACGAAGUGCUGCUAUUGUUGUUCCAUCAUUGACACAUCAAAGGCCUUUGCAAUUGGUUGGUCACGCAUUUGGGAUGAUGUGGGUUAAGCCUAAAGGAAGCAAAGAGAAGUUGUUUUUUCACAUACAAGAUUCUUGA